CUGCGCAGCCCGGGUCACUUCGCUGGCUGCUCCUGGGCUCCCGGCUCGCCGCCAUCUUGUUUUGGGGCUUCAUUGUUCCUGCUGGGCCGGGCAGUUUCGUGUAAUUGCCGCCGAAAAAGGAGGCAGAGUAACCUCCCGUCAGCCGAGAAACCCCGCUAUCCCGCAGCCAUAGCCGUUCAAAAGAUUUGGGAGGUAGUAAAGGGUAGGGAGCUGGACCCGGAGGCGCCGCCGCGACAGCAGCAGCCAUGGAGGACGAGAUGCCCAAGACUCUAUAUGUCGGUAACCUUUCCAGAGAUGUGACAGAAGCUCUAAUUCUCCAGCUCUUUAGCCAGAUUGGACCUUGUAAAAACUGCAAAAUGAUUAUGGAUACAGCUGGAAAUGAUCCAUAUUGUUUUGUGGAGUUUUAUGAGCAUCGUCAUGCAGCUGCAGCACUAGCUGCUAUGAAUGGGCGGAAGAUAAUGGGUAAGGAAGUCAAAGUGAAUUGGGCAACGACCCCCAGCAGUCAAAAGAAAGAUACAAGCAAUCAUUUCCAUGUCUUUGUUGGUGAUCUCAGUCCCGAAAUUACAACUGAAGAUAUAAAAGCUGCUUUUGCACCAUUUGGAAGAAUAUCAGAUGCCCGAGUGGUAAAAGAUAUGGCAACAGGAAAGUCUAAGGGAUAUGGCUUUGUCUCCUUUUUCAACAAAUGGGAUGCUGAAAACGCCAUUCAACAGAUGGGUGGCCAGUGGCUUGGUGGAAGACAAAUCAGAACUAACUGGGCAACCCGAAAGCCUCCAGCUCCAAAGAGUACAUAUGAGUCAAACACCAAACAGCUAUCAUAUGAUGAGGUCGUAAAUCAGUCUAGUCCAAGCAACUGUACUGUGUACUGUGGAGGUGUCACUUCUGGGCUAACAGAACAACUAAUGCGUCAGACUUUUUCACCAUUUGGACAAAUAAUGGAAAUUCGAGUCUUUCCAGAUAAAGGAUAUUCAUUUGUUCGGUUCAAUUCCCAUGAAAGUGCAGCACAUGCAAUUGUCUCUGUUAAUGGAACUACCAUUGAAGGUCAUGUUGUGAAAUGCUAUUGGGGCAAAGAAACACUUGAUAUGAUAAAUCCUGUGCAACAGCAGAAUCAAAUUGGAUAUCCACAAGCUUAUGGCCAGUGGGGCCAGUGGUAUGGAAAUGCACAACAAAUCGGCCAGUAUAUGCCUAAUGGUUGGCAAGUACCUGCAUAUGGAAUGUAUGGCCAGGCGUGGAACCAACAGGGAUUUAAUCAGACACAGUCUUCUGCACCGUGGAUGGGACCAAAUUACGGAGUGCAGCCACCUCCAGGACAGAAUGGCAGCAUGUUGCCUAAUCAACCUGCAGGGUAUCGAGUGGCAGGGUAUGAAACCCAGUGAAAAAGGACUCCAGAAUCUAAAGCCAGAGGCUUGAGGCUACAGGGAUUGUAGUAAAGCCGUUGUUUACUUAAAGAUUUAUCAAAUCAGUCAGUGCAAAUGUCAGAUACAAUGUAUUUAUUUAAAAGAUUCAUUUUUUAAUCAUGAAAUUACUUAUCAUCCACAUUGUUUUAAAAAGAAACAAGAUGCUGGAUGUCUGCCAAUUUUUGCCUUCAUUACCUUUUUUGAUAAAGUUUCUCAGAUCCUUGUUUCAAAUACAAAUGCAGGGAUUGCUGCCACUUUUUUAAAAUUAAGAGGCAGAAAAUUGCACAAUGUUGAACUUUUUUCCAUUAAGGUAGUAUGAAGUUCUAGUUUGCAUUCCUGAUAUGAUUUAAACAUGUAAUAUAAAGAGUAAAAAAAACGAACAACCAAAACUGUGCAGAGUGUAGAAGUUCUUUGUAAUCUUCAGCUUGUGCACAAUUCUGUUUUAGGUUUUUUAAAAAAAGGCAUCGUUUGAACUGUCCCAUCUCCACUGUGUUCCCUUUGGGGUUUUUAAAUAUAAAUUAUUAGUUUACAUCAUUUUUGUAUCUACAUUUUUUCACAAAUUUGUCUUGCCUUAUUAAAGUUCUGUAAAAUA